UCUAAUUACCGAUACAAAGGUUCCUGUCCUGUCACUUUUUUGUAACAUUCGUCUUGCUCUCUUGAUCAGGUUGCAGCCCAAUCUGGGUUUCUUGGCUUGCGCGGGCAGCCGUGUUUUCCAGGUUUUUGGUCGUUCUCAAGUGAUACUCCCUCUUUGGAGAUACUUUUGUCGGAACAUACAUCUCCCUUUCCAAAUUUAAACUUGAACAAAAUUACAAUCAAAGCUCCGCCAGACUCAAAACAUGUCAGACGAUGAGGCCGAUCCCGAACUCGUCGAACUGCUUCGGCAGCAUAUUCAAGGGCGACUCAGGGUGAGCGAUGAGCCUGAGACUGGUGUACUCCAAGAUGCUGAGUAUGUCUACGACAACUCGAUCGACGUCGCCGUGGAUAUGCGUUCGACCAAGAACGCCGCUACUGCCAUCUACGAUGCGAUGCAGAAAAAAUCAUAUUCCACCGCCACUUGGAGUGAGCAUGAAUUGCAUCCAAAGCCUGAUGGCGGUGAGGCCACUGUCGCUUUCAUCUUUACCAUGGACCUGCUCAACUUCAGCUUUUGGUCUGAACUGCCGGAUGAUAAGCGCUUUGCCAUCGAUUACCGCGGGAAGAAGUGGACAGGCUACUGGAGCUUGGUGGCUGCUCUGCAGAGGGCAUUGGAAGAGGGGAUUCCCAUCACGAGUUCCGAUUUCUGGCAAAGCGAGGAUGAAUGUGAUCUGGAGGUUCUAAAGCAAGUUUUUCGCUCCGCCACAGACGAGGAGAUGCCGUUGCUCGCUGAGCGUCUCUCUUGUCUACGUGAAGCAGGCCAGGUCCUCUACGAAAAAUACUCGUGCAGUGCAGCAAAUAUCAUCAAAGCGGCCGAUGGCUCGGCGGCUCGAUUUGUCAACAUCCUGGCUCGAGACUUUUCCUGUUUCCGUGAUGAGCACAAGUUACCGGGCGGUCGCCGGAAACCCGUUCGUAUCCUCAAGCGCGCUCAGAUCUUAGCCGCAGACCUCUGGGCUUGUUUUCAGGGCGAAGGCCCAUACGGCAGCUUCCGAGACAUUGACAAGAUUACCAUGUUUGCCGAUUAUCGUGUCCCGCAGAUUCUAUGCAGUCUGGGAUGCAUUGGUUACAGUCCUCCUUUGGACGUCGCUAUUAAGGAGAAGCGACUGUUGGAAGUUGGCGGUGUUUGGGAGAUGCAGUUGAGAGCCUGCAGUAUCUGGUGUGUAGAACUAUUGCGGAGAGAAAUCCAGCGGACGCACCCAGAUGCCAAGGUCAACGCUAUAUUGAUCGAUUUCUUCUUGUACGAUACUAUGAAGGAGAAAGAGGCUUCCGGUCAGGAGACGGUACCACACCACAGGACGAGGAGCAUCUGGUAUUGAGACCAUAAGCAUUAUCAUUUCGUUUCUGUAGCACCGAGCUACAUGGAUACGGGAAUCUAAAACGUUCCCUAGUCAAUACCAUCUCAUGAACAAGUAACUUUACAAUUCCAAAAGCAAUUCCUUCGCCAAACGCCCGCCAAACUGGAAACUCCAAGCUGUCAACCAAAGCCAAAGAUGGGACAACGGAGCCUCCUCACGAACUGCCGACUCCUAUUGCUGUUGAGUUCAUGAUCUCAUCAAUGUAUGCUCUCUGGCUGCUCUCGUCUACACCAGCAGCUUCCUGGUGUACUAGAACAGCAAGCGCCUCAAUCGGAGGGUUCAGUCCCAGACGCUGGGCGCGCAUCCACCUCCUCUUGCGCGAACUACCAAUGCAUGGUCCAUACUGUGAGCUAACGUCAAAGUAUCUCAGCACUUUCUCGCCAACUUCAAGGUCCUCUUGAUGUACUCUUGGUGCCAGUCUCUGUGCCUCUACUCCACUCCAAUACUUCUUGAUUUGUGCAUUUGUGAUCUUCUCGGCUCUGAUCUCUGCUUCUGAUUUCUCCUUGACGACCUCGACUGGGGCCGGGAUUUCAAAAUCCUCCUGCUGGAACUGGAUCUCAGGCUCUGGGUCUACUUUCUUCUCCGAAGGUAGUUCCUUCACCAGCGGUGUGGAAAUAAGCUGCUUCUUCCCAGCCGGUGCGACAGGCUUUGUCACGCGGUGCGUAAAACUGAGCUUUGAUUGCUUGCCAACUGCACCCUGGGCACUGGCGGACCUCCGUGUGGUGGGCAUUGUAGGUAAAGUGGCGAUAGUGGAGAUUGAGUUUAAGAUAUCGACGGCAGGCAGGUCUGGUCCGCGGGGUCAAGGUUGUGUUGACGUGCAGGAAGGACAAGGAUGGCAAUAAGACCAAUUGUAAAAGCAAGUUGUAUGUCGAUAUGUUCUUUUCGCACGGAAGUUAUUCUUUUGUAGAAUGGAGUUGAUAUUUAGAACAAUCCUCCCUAGGUGAGUGGUGUUUGAUGUUUGUGGCUUUCGAUACUUUGAUUGUUUGCACAAUCGUUCUUAGUGAUCGAUAAUGAAUGACGUCCUUUGGUGGAUCAGGCAGGCAUCAUUU